GUGGUGACGGGAACGAAGUAGUAGGUAGGGGAAACUCUUCAUCGUAUGCUUCCACCCGCCAGUUUGAAAGCAACCUCCGUCAUGAUCGCGUCAGCUGGUCUUUAGUCCCACUUCUUGGGUGACCUCGUGCGCGUUCCAAACCGGUUCGAACAUACGUCGCAGAAGAGCGUGCGAAAACACCAAGAAACUCGGGCUCACAGGAUACAGAGAUGUUGAAGAAAAGAAGAUGUUGCCCAGAAGAGCAAAAAGAGAUCAAAACAAAUCGAUAAAUCGCUCCUUGAAACUAAAAAUCAUUUUACUUUUUGAAAAAGCCAGCACUCCUACCAAAUCAUAUUUCAUCUCAUCGGUCAAACAAUGAUCAUCAGGAACAUCUUCGUAGAACAGGCGGAACAUUCAUCCUGCUUCAUUUGACCUUUGGAUCAAGACCUCGAUAUCAUGGAGGCAAAAAGUGUGUUCAGUGUUCCGAUUUCGGUGGCUUGUGAUCGAGUGAUCUUCUCUUUUGUGUUGUUUUUGUGUUUGCUGAUAGCGUUUCCUGCCAUCGUGCGCGCAGAAAAUUCAAAACCUGUUGGAAUAUGCGCAAUGAACGGCUGCAAUUGUACGGUGAAGGCGCACCAUUGGAUAUUCGUUAAAUGCGUCUUCUCCGACGACCAGGAUGUCGAUCUACUGGAAGGAACCAUUCCAGAAGAUACGAUGGAGGUAGAAGUAUCUCACUGCCGAGAACUGCGUAUUCAAACAGGAGCCUUUACGGGUGGAGCCCAGUUGAAACGAGUUCACGUAUCUGGAAUUUAUACUCUCGUGGCCAACAAGCAGGCAUUUCAAAAUUUAACUGCUCCCAAUCCGCUCUUGGAAGUAUCAGAAUGUAACAGAGUGAUUCUCGAAAGCCAUGCUUUCAAAAAUACUAAGGGCCCCCUCAGCGUUUCGAUUUCCAGAUGCAGGCAUGUAACGAUAAAACCCAGCGCGUUUUCCUGGCUGCUCCAAAUUACAGUUAAGGAAGUUCCCAAUUUGGAACUCUCCAGCAAUGCCUUCAAGUUCGAAACACCUCAGCAUGGGCGCCAUGGACCAGCGACAAAGAUAAUGUUCCAAAGUGUGAAAAUCCCAGAACUACCUACUGCAGUAUUUCCCUCGACAGCGGCAGAGGUUCGCAUGGAUGAUAUUUGGACCAAAGUGAUUCGCAAAGACGCAUUCUGCUCGAUGAACAUACUUAGUGUGAUAAUCAGUAACGCCUCUAUAUUCGAAAUUGAAACAGGGGCAUUUAACGAACGAACAUUAAUUCACAGUUUAGAGUUCGUAGACGUGAGAUUAAAGAUAAUACGAUCUGGAGCCCUCAGGGCUGGAGCCAACAAUCUAACCAUUCAAUAUUCAAGACUAACUGAAGUGGAGACAGGUGCCAUCGACAUGUCAGUGGCCACAGUGACAUUCAACAACAACGAGUUCCAAAACCUACGUCAGGGGGCCAUAGUCUUUCAUCAAUGGAAUCGCAUUGCCGUAGAUUACAACAUGUUCGCUUUUAUCGAAUCCGAUGCAAUCUCAGCCCAAACUGAUGCCUCUUCAGUCUCAGCUUACGAGUUUUCGUUCUUUGAAAAUCGCAUCGUUAGUGCCAAUCCAGGAUCCUUAGCCUUUACCAAGAUCUCCCAAAAACUAAACGCAGCUCGAAUUGGCAACAAUUACUUUACGGAAACAUGCAACUGCAAUAUGGAGUCUUGGGUACAAGGAGCAGUCUCAGAUAACAGUUCCGUGUCCUGGAUGAUGGAUUCGAGCUACUGUGUCGUUGACAAGGUUCUUCGAAACUGUUUCAAUCUUCCAGAAGGGAACAUGAACAUGAGGAACUACACCAUGACCAUUUGUUCCAAGGGUUUCCGUAUCAACUGCACCAAUCCUCUAAUAAAACCAGAAUCUAGUCCAAGUCCACCUAGCGUCGGACCUCACAUUUAUCCCAGACACAGGGGAUAUUUCGAUGUCGAGAUGAGUGAUCCGGAUCAGCUGGAGCGGGAAAAGCGGAUUAUAGUGAUCGUGUGUGUCGUGGCUGUUUUCUCUGUAUUGGUUGUUAUACUCACCUCUGGUAUCCUCUACAUGAGGAGGCGUGGAGUGUGUCCUAAAUUAACCUCUAAUCCGCUCACAAAUCUCGCGAGUUCGUGGUUCUCUCCGACUAGUGGGAUGACCGCUGCAACCUCAGCGAGAUCGAUUUCCAGGUUGAGUGUUCAUGAAUAUGCUGGUUUGCAGCCCGAAACGAGGAUUCUUGAGAUUGAGAGCCAAACAGAGAUUCUCGAAGAGGAGGAACCUGAGGGUACUUACGCUUAUAUGGAGAACAAGGCAACACAAACUCUCCCUGAGGAACUUACUGCGGAGUACUUGAGAGACCUGAAGGACAGAUUGAGCGAUCCUGACAAUUAUGGCCAAGCAAGGGACAUGAUUGAGCACCUCUAUGACCUUGUAAAGGUUGAGGAAAGCUGCAACAAUAAUAAUAAUGAAGGACGUCCCUCUCCGAAUUUGGACGAGGACAACGCGUACGAUGUCAUCAGGCCCAAGACUAGAAAGAUUCGAAUGAUUCCUAAGUCUACAGCGACUAUUGGUACCAAAGUACCCUCGUUGGAGAAGCUUCUUCCGAUUUCGAUUCGAAUGAGGCCGCAAAUAGUGGAAUACGCAGAGCCCCAUGAUCAUCGGAUAAACGAUCAGAAUCAUCUUUAUGCAGAACUUCCUGGAGAUGAGACAAUGCCUAGUACAAGUAGACUCUCUCAACCAGUUCUGGCUACUUUGGCAUCUAGGGCGCCACAACCACUCCCUCCAGAUGUGGUGAAUGAUCAUAUUAUCAACGAGAACUAUAAUAAUAGAAGGUUCUCUGGUACCAAAGAAGAAGAGAGGAGUUUCGAAGAUUCGAUAAUGAAGGAUUCUAGAAUUGACGGUUCGAGAGGUCAGCCAAAGCCGAUGAGUUUCUUGAAAGCUUUGGGUGAAAGCAUCCUUGGAGCCACGAAGGUUAGCAAUAAGAGGCCGAACUCUUUGCUCUGCGAGUACGCUGAUCCUUCAGACGCGACGGCGCAUCUUUACUCAGAACUUCCGGACAAUCAGACCUCGACGCCGGCCAGUAAAAUGGCCAAUAGACCCCUCCCCACGAAACCGGAUCAGCCCCUAUCUGCGAAUCUGGCAAGGACGUAACCUGACCUAAGGACGUAACCGCGAUCUGCAGCUUGUCUGUGAUAUGUGUAUCAACUUUUUUAUCUUCGAUUAUAACUACUUUCUCCCACUCUCAAACGAGCGAACUUCCGAAUUUUCUUUUUUUAGGGGUUCUCAUAGACUGUAUUCAAGUGUUACUAUUUCGUGAAAAAGACAUUGAUGCAUGUAGACACGUUGAGAAAAUUAUUUGGAAUAAGAGAGAGAGGGGGGGGGGAGAGAUAGAGAGAGAGAGAGAGAGAGUAUAUGUAAAAGUGUGAAUGUGUGAUUUGUGAUAUUUCGCAUAAUCUAAUGAAAACAGAAAUUUAUGGAAGUUAUGAAAGAAGUUACUAUUUCCGUUUAAUUGUCAUUGAUAUCCAAACGACGAAAAUCAUGACUGAAUUUAUCGAAAGUGUCCUUCCGAUUCAAUAUUUUAUAUUUAUAGUCCAUGGAUGUAAUAUAAUAUAUGCACAUACUUACCUCGGCAAAUAUUAUUAAAGUAUUACAACGAAUUUUAUUAAAAUUAUCGACGAUAA